AUGGGGAGGGAAAGCAAUGACCAGGCGGUUGUUGGUUCAUCAAUUGUAUUGCUGCAGGAGCGGUUUAAGAAGCUGCAGAGAGUUAAGGAAAUUCAAGAAAAGAGACGGGUGCUCGAGUUGUUACCUCAGUCUAUGAAAGAAGGCUGUACAGACACCUCAACAACGGUAAACACGAGCUUUUCAAUACCCCAAACAUCUCUCGAUAAUGACCCUCUCGAGCUCGGGCUCAACUUCAACGGGGCGCGAUUCGGAACCAUCAAGGGCCAACAGUUCUCUUUGAAUGCAAAGGGGAAUCGUAAUUUCUUUGAUAAAACUGAUGUUGUCGAUACUUCUCUUCAUCUCUAA